CCCAGCGCAUCGUGCUAUUGGAAUCAUACGAAAGAUCAGUACUCUUCUCUUAUUUUGUAAACCAAGUUAAUAUUUUAAGUAUAUUAUUCUCUAUAACAUUAAAAUGAUAAUUUUAAGUGAUAUAUAUAUAUUCUUCAAUAUUUUUACUAUUGUGAUAGGGAGUAACAAAUCGUUCAACAUUAUUCCACGACUAUUUACAUCGAGUUUUAGUUGUAAAAACCGAAACACCGGCUUUUACGCGGAUGUUGAAUCAAAUUGUCAGCUAUAUUAUACUUGUGACGACCAUGGAAAUAAAUUCUUGUAUAAUUGCCCACAAGACACCGUCUUCAAUCAAGAAACGCUUGUUUGUGAUCAUACGUAUCGGGUUGAUUGUAAGAAGUUUGUGAAGUCGAUUUCACAAAUCGUUCAAACCCAAAAAACUCAAGAAAAUGGAGAUGAAGAUUCAGUCAAAUCUAAUAAGAGUCGAAAUACCGAUAAAUUUUCCAAGUUCAUACGAUUUACACCACAGCCAUCACUUUUCCUUUCAUCUUUUCAAGAAAAUAAUAAAAAAUUAUCAGCGUUUGGCGGAAAUUCAUCUACUUCUUUUAAAGAUCACUUAGAUUCCAAUAACUAUCACAAUUCUGUUAAUAAUGCAAGGAGUUUACGAUUCAACCAAAAAAAUUCGGUGUCUUCAACAUCAGAUACAUUUUUUACACUCACUCGAAGUUCUAAAAUACCACGGCUUUUACCAUCCAAAAAGCAAGAUUCUGAGAACUUUUUUUCCGAUUAUGAAAAUUUAAAAAAUACUAAUUUUCAAAAAAGCAACAAAGUAGAUAUUAAUAAGUUUAAGGAACCUCUUGAAGCAACUAAACCGUCAAUUGAUGGCCGCAGUCUUUACUCGGCAACUUUGACGACAAUACAAAAUGAUAAAGACAAUCAUAAUAAUAAUAAUAAUAAUAUUAAUGAUAAUAAUUCAAGCAAAGAUCGCUUGGUUAUUUCAACCACCCCAACAAUCACAGCAAAAACGGAUUUCCCUAUUCCUAACUUAGGAGGAUCACUUUUUUAUAGAUCAAUGGAUUUCAAUGAUGAUCCAUAUUAUCCACGUUAUGCAGCAAGUACAGAACAAUACACAUUUGGAACAUUUGAUCAAACUCCUCUUUCAUUUGCGACGCAGAGAAUAGGAACAUCUACUUUAAAAUUCAGAUUACUAGACGCACUGCCCGAUUUGAGUUCUGUUGAAGAUUUAGUUGAUCGUCGUAAGCAUCAUUUCAUUCCUAAAUUUCUAAAAAUUUAAUGAAAUAAUCAAUUUAUGUCAAAAAGAAAAAAAAUCUCAUCGCAAAUCUAACUUUUAUAAAUAAUAUGUCACAAAUAAUAAAGUAAAAGUAAUAAAAUAAAAUUAAAUAGUAAGUAAACAUUAAAGCUGUUGAUUUUUUACUGCGAAUAGUCUA